AGUAGAUUCUCCAAUGAGCUAUUGGAACACUCAAUCUUGGUAUAACAGAAUUUUCGCAUCCAACGCUGCGACGCCUGUCAAUCAACAUGGUCAAAUGCAGCAGGGACAAGUUCCCGUGCAGCAACAGCAACAGCAAGCACCAGUACAGGAACCACAGACUUGGAAUCCACCCUCCUCACAACCGUCGUCCCACGUCCCUUCCGCUUUUUACGAAACACAACAGCAAUCUCAACAGCGUCAAGCAGCCGCAGCUCGAGCCGCAGCUUCAAUCGUAUCGGCGUUGCGUACUAGUCCGCCUGAACCUGAGCCUUCUCCCUUGCCUACACCAGUAAGAGGCGUUAUUGCGUAUGGCGAUCUACAAGCUGUCAUGGCCGGUAACAGCACCUUGCAGACUGUCAUACACCGAGAGACAGGAUCGCAAUGCUGCGGUCGUUGGUAUAAAACCGAGAGCGCCAGAGCACAGCAUCAAAAAUUGCAUGUCAAGUGUCCCGAAUGCACGUUUUCUGGGCUUAAAAGUGUUCUUGAGCAACAUAAAGCAGACGCCCAUGGAGAUGCUACCGCUGCAACCAAGAAAAAACGAGUAGAUGGUAUUAUGCCAGCCAAUGCGCCUCAACUUGACACACCCGAAGCGUUGGAUGCGUGGAUCGCAGCAAGAAAGAAAAACUGGCCAAGCGCAGCCAAUCUUGAGCGAAAGAAACGAGAAGCGGAAGAGCGUGAAGCUCGUGGAGAAGUCGUGGCCAACGGGAAGCGAAGAGCAGCAGAAACACAAAGCCCAAUGGGAAAGGCGCCAGAAACACUGAGCUCAAAGCGACAAAAGACUGAUGACCCGAUGGAGGGAUCAUCCAAUAUGGGUCUCGUUGGGGAUUAUGGUUCCGAUUCAGAUGAGGAGUUUCACAGUGCGGAAGAGGAUCCUGACAAUGGUAAUGACACAAUUGAUCUCGAAAAGGAUGCCAUCAGUUCCAAAGACCCUCACAGUAUGGGUAAGAUUGCUCUUCCCACAGCCAAGCCAAAAAAACGACUUUGUCGUUAUUUCAUGGAAGGGCGUUGUAAGCGUGGCGAUCAAUGUCAUUUUGCGCAUGAUGAGGAACAGAAAAAAUUGAAACAGGAACAAAAAAAACCUACUCCGCCCGCGCAACCAGUUCGUAAGCAACCGAAUUUGCUUCGCAAGCUCUUGGACAAAGAAAUCAACACAGAGAGAAAUAUUAUAUUGCAAGGCUUCCGUUACAUUACCGAAAAUAACUUCUUUGGUUUGCAAGAUUCUUAAAAAUGGAUGUUCUUCAUAUCCAAUCCGGCGAUGCUUUUUUCACGCCGUCCUUUCAUUCCUUAUUUGCAUUCCUUUUUUUCCCCCUCAUAUUUCAUCAUACAUUUGCGGCAUCAAUAUACUAUUCCAAAGACUUCUUCUUUCCAUUGUCUUAUUUCGAGUAAUAAUGCCUUUGGGCAAGUCUGUAACCUUUAUUAGCAGUGUUACAUAAUGAAUAGGGCUGCGCGUAACGCAGUGGACGCCAUGUUAUAAAAAAAAAUUGACAAGAAUUGUUAUGCCAGGAGGAAUCGAAAUUGGGAUGACUGUCCGUGAC